ACAUUUUUUGUUUUUGAGCCAAUAUAAUUGUGAUAAUGAGUACAUGAAUUUUUAACUUGAACACUUAUUAUAAAUCAACAUUUGCGAAUUUAAGAGGAUUCACUUCCUAUUGUCGUGUAUUAUAACAUAAACUCUUUUUCCAUCGUUUUACUUUAUGUGUCACUAAGAGUUUAUGGUCUUCUAAUGAGAAUUUAAAUUUAAAUGUGAUUAAAAAAAAAAAAAAAGUAUUUAUUAGCGAUAAAGAAAUUCUAGACGGUUAUUUCAAAAGUUAAAACGCCGAAAAGCAUGUACAUAUUGUGUGGAAACACUCUCAAUGUCAAGUAGAUAAAACGUAUAACAGAUACAUCAUUAAUAGAUUGAGGUUGUUGAAGCGUUGUUUAAUAAAGUAAAAGAUUAAAUGUACCAAAUACAUCAAAAACCCCCUCCAUCUUGUAUUAAGGAAAACAAUUUUGGAACCCAUCGUUCAAUAAAGCUUCUCAUACUAGGAAAAGAUGGUGUUGGUAAAUCAGCUAUUGUUGUGCGUUACCUUACGAGAAGAUUUAUUGGCGAGUACGAUCCGCUUUUAGAAGGUGUGUAUACCAAAGUAGUAAAAAUGAUGAACAACCAAGCAGUAUGCGUCAAGUUAAAGGAUACAUCAUCCGGGAUUAAUUGGUCAAAAAGAUCUAACGAACUCUUAUGGUCUGACGCUUUGAUUCUUGUUUACUCAAUAACAGAUCGAAAAAGUUUCAUUGAAAUUCAAAACAUAAAAACACUACUUGAACAGUUGAAAAAGAGCAGAGGGAUGCCAUAUAUGAUUCUCGGAAAUAAACUAGACAUGAAUCAUGAAAGACAAGUGACUGAACAAGAAGGAAGCAAGUUAGCAGCUACAAUUGAUGCGAUAUUUUAUGAAAUGAGUGCUUCAGAGAGCUACCAAGAUGUCGAACUGAUGUUUGAUAAAUUUAUUCAAGAAAAUUGCGAGUUUUCUUUUAAAAGAACUAAAAAUCAACUUAAGACAUUAGCUAGCCAAUCUAGUAUAGAAAUUCGACAGAAACUAUUGAUAGAGAGGCCAAAAUCGCAACCAGAGCUAAAAGUAUUUGAUGAAGAAAAAAUGGAAAGAAAGGGCAAAAUACUGUGGAGAAUGUUUAAAGAAAAAAUGAACGAGUAAAAAAAAACAACAUAAAGAUAGGCGAGUAAGCUGUUCUCAUAUUCUUUAUUUUUUUAUUAGUUUCUGUCUUAGUUGUUCACUGUAAAUAUUAGAAGCUUGUUAAAUUUUUGCAUAAACUGAAGAUUAUUUGUGUAGAGUAGUAUUAAA